UCGCGCGCCGGGUACCGCCUCCGCCCUCUUGCCGCUUCGCCUCUAAACCCACAUGCGACCGCGGCGGACGUCGACCCGCCUCGUCCUCACCGCCGCUGCGCUCGGCGUCCGCGCUGCAAGCACCGCUCUUCCUGCGGACGCGCUCCGCCUGGCGUCGUCGCUCUACAUGCUCAGCUCGCCGCCGCAGCUUGUGGCGCUCGUGACUGGCGGCGGCGCGCAGCUCGCACCGUGGCUCCUCGCGACGCCCGGCGCGUCCAACUCCAUCCUCGAGUUCUCCGUGCCGUACGCAAAGGCGUCGCUCGCCGCCGUCCUGGGCCACGACCCGCCGCAGUCGGUCAACGCCGCAGUGGCCGAGAGCAUGGCCGAGCGGGCGUAUGAGCGGUCGGUGGCGCUCGGCGGCGGCGAGCGCUCGGUCGGGCUUGGUUGCACCGCCGCGCUCCGCUCCGAGCCGAUGCGGCGUGGGGAGCACCGCUGCUACAUCGCCGUGCGCUCGGCUGCAGGCGUGCACUGCCUCGCUCUUACCCUUGCUAAGGGCGCGCGGAGUCGCGAGGCGGAAGACGCGGUGGUCGCGCGGGCGGCCCUCGCCACCCUCGCGCGCGCGUGCGGCGUCGACCCUCCGCCGCUUCCGGGCGGCGGUCCGUUUUGGAAGCUGGCAGCGGCCGUCCUAGAAGCGAGCGACGAUCCUCUGGCGCCGGAGGUGGCGGCGCGCCUCGACGCGGAGCACGCGGACGAGACGUUUGUGGCCACUUAA